UUUUGGCUUCAACAAUUAAUAAUCUCCUCGACACAAUCGAGGUUCAACAAAACUUCAUUUCCUAGAAUUUGUUGGUUAGGUAUCGCACAGUCAAAAGUAGUUGCUAGGAGGAGUGUCCGAAAAUACUCAUUGGGUGGUGGUUGAAAGGAGGAGUUCAUAAGCUAAUUCUAUCUGGUUCUGCCAGUCAUGGCAACACCAUCUCAUGGAUUGUCUAAGAUGGCUACAGCUUUAAGGCUUCUCGUCCGAAACGCACCAGAAACACAAUGUAUGAAGAUGAUUCUGCCAUCGGCGCGAAUGGUUCGUAGGAACAAAGACUUCAUCUCCAUCGGACUAGCCCCGCUAACACCACCACAGCUCUCGACAAGAUCGAUUCCUGUACCAUCUUCAAACGCGCACGUUGACUCGACAUCUCCAAGUCUUCGACAUGUCUUUACCUCGGCCUCAAAACGUAUCUCUACUGCAAACUCGACGGUUCCUGUCUCAUCUAUUUUGGCGAUCACACAUGGUAGGCAAAUGUCUAUGUCUCCGUCUCUGGGGCCGCAGCAAUACCGGCCCUUUACAAAACUCUUCAAAACUCAGCAAAGAUCUCUCUUCGGUGGUAAUACGUCACACAAUUUACUCUCUCAUCUGGAAGUAACUGCCAACAAGAAUCCGACUAGUGCUACCGCGCAGAAUGCUCUCUACCAAGCUCUUUUGAAGGCGAAUAUGCCCGCCAUCAUUGCCGACAGAUAUCAGACCGGUCAUUUCGCAUCGAACGCUGCUUGUGAAGCUGCAUACCAUAGAGCAUUAGGCAUGUUGGGACAAAUGAACGGUGGCAUGGCGAAUGCUUCCGGACAACCAGGAAAUCUCGGCAACGCCCAAUUACAAGCUAUCGGUCAAGCAGUUGCUGCUAAUUCUCGGGGUGGUAACAUUGCUAUGUCUCACGGUCAAGCAUCAGGCUCGGGCGACAAAAACUCUCCUAUGCAUGUUGUUGUUGAUGAAACUAUGGGUAACACCAUUUUUAAAUGGGUUAAAUUCGGUCUCUACUUUGCACUUUUCACCUACAUCAGUUUGGUCGUCGUUGCAAUGAUGAUUGAAGGCUUUAAUUCUGUUGUUGUUAGAAGGCCCGGAGGGGCCAAAGCCGACAAUGAGGCCAAGGCUGAACAUCAAAAUGUCAGGUUUACGGAUGUUCAUGGCUGUGAUGAAGCAAAGGAUGAACUUCAAGAACUCGUAGAUUUUCUAAAGAACCCGGAAAAGUUCUCUACACUCGGUGGAAAAUUGCCAAAGGGUGUCUUGUUGGUUGGCCCUCCUGGAACUGGUAAGACUUUGUUGGCUCGUGCCGUUGCUGGUGAGGCUGGCGUUCCAUUCUUCUUCAUGUCUGGUAGUGAAUUCGACGAGAUAUAUGUUGGUGUUGGUGCGAAACGAGUACGGGAACUCUUUGCUGCUGCAAAGGGCAAAUCACCUGCCAUAAUCUUUAUCGACGAACUAGACGCUAUAGGAGGAAAACGAAAUGCUCGAGAUGCCGCAUAUUCUAAGCAAACUCUCAAUCAAUUACUCACUGAACUGGAUGGAUUUGCACAAAACAAUGGCGUUAUCAUCUUAGCUGCUACCAACUUUCCCGAAUUGCUAGACAAGGCUCUCACAAGACCUGGCCGAUUUGAUCGAAAUGUCGUCGUCGGCCUACCGGAUGUGCGUGGCCGAUUGGCGAUUUUGAAGCAUCACAUGCAAAAGAUCAUUGCUUCUCCUGAUGUCAACAUUGAAACACUUGCUUCUGGUACACCAGGCUUUUCCGGCGCUGAACUCGAGAACAUCAUCAAUCAAGCUGCUGUACACGCCAGUAGAGCGAAAGCAAAAGCGGUCUCCAUGUUGGAUUUUGAAUGGGCUAAGGACAAGAUAAUGAUGGGCGCCGAAAGAAGAAGUAUGGUUAUUUCUCAAAAGGAAAAGGAGAUGACAGCCUAUCAUGAAGCAGGUCAUGCGCUCGUUCUUAUGUUCACCCCUGGGACAGAUCCGUUACACAAGGUUACAAUCAUGCCUCGAGGCAGUGCUCUUGGUAUAACCUUUCAUUUGCCAGCGAUGGAUAAAUACUCAAUGACCUUGGACGAGUAUGAAAGUAGGCUCGAUGUGUGCAUGGGCGGUAAGGUUGCAGAAGAAAUCAAAUAUGGUCCCACAAAGGUUACCAGUGGAGUUUCUGGGGUAGGUCUUCUUUCUUCCACUAUUAAUACUUUCAGAACGCGGAAGCAUACUAACUUUGUGAAUAGGACCUCCAAAGCGCCACAAGUCUUGCAUACAACAUGGUCACUCGAUUUGGAAUGUCGCCUGAGCUUGGAAACGUAGAUUUGAUGACAAACUAUGAACAAUUAUCUGCAGGAACGAAGCUCCUUGUCGAAUCUGAAGUUCGCCGUGUCAUUGAGGAGGCUCGUCUUCGUGCUGUCAAGCUCAUUGAAUCCAAGCGUAAGGAGUUGGAUCUCCUGGCUAAAGCCUUAGUGGAUUACGAGACGUUAGAUAGGGAAGAAGCCUUUAAGGUUAUAAGGGGGGAGAAGUUGGAGGGUAGAGCGAUCGCUCCUUCAGGGAGCAUAAAGUUACCUGAAAGUAUGGGUACUUCACUGGCGCCAAUUCCUGGAAGCCAAGGGCCUGUGGAUAAGGGACCCAAGGGACCACCUGGCGGAGGUGCUCUUGCACAAUAAGGUAUGGUAAGGAAAGAUUCACUCAACUCAUCGGAAAGGCGUUUCGGUGGUGGUGGAUACACAUGUAAAUGUGUUGUUUAUUAGUACGACUAGGCAUUAAAGGUGAUCUCAUGGCUCGGGGUUAUCAUAGCAUUAAUUCUUUUUCAUAAGCAAAGAGAAUGGGAAUUUGGUCUCUGUCUUAGGAUAGUGAUGCCAGCGCUAGAAAUUUUACUAUUUUUUUUUUUUAAGAAAAAACUUGAGAUGGCACACGGUCUAGGGAGCUGAACGAACUAAUGGACUCUCCGAUGACCAAUCAGCAGUGUCUACUAAGGAUAUAUUAGGCAAGGUCACGAUUUAUGAAUAGAGGUGGAAAUACCGGAUGAAGAAUUGUUAUGGAAAUGCUUGAUAAUGGUAAGUCACUGUGCCUCAAGCAUUCUUCACACGACAAGGAUUUGCAAAAAAAAAGAUCGCGAUGGACAUCGUCUCGAAAUAGAUAUGCGAAUUAUCUAAAGUAUAGGCAAUGAGAUGUAGCGAAUCGUCGAAUUUUUGAACUUUUUUAUAAAUAAGGAGAAAAUCUGCCUCAUGGUAUA